UUGUGUUGUGGCGCUGCCGGGGUUCGUAUCUGCCUGUGCUACCUCACCGAGAGUACCCGUCACCCGCGCGAUGUCUUCUGCUAUCAGUCUUGGCUGAGAACAAACUUCUCCAAGACUGCAGCUACUGAGGAUAGAGCUGUUUGGAUCACAAGUGCGCGACAAAAAACACCUGCUUUAUGUGUGCUCUGUUAACUAUCGACAAGAUUUGCAUCUGAAUAAGAAUUUGAAAGUGGUGUGGCGACCGGCCGGUUUGAGAAGUGAUGUGGCUUCUAGUUCCGUUACUUCUGGCCGGGUUGGCACUGCAGGCUGACUCCAGAAAUCCAGAUGGAACCGUGUGCGGUCCUAAUCAAUUCAAAUGUCCGGAAGGCAAAUGCAUCCCCAAUCUUUUUCUUUGUAAUUACCAGAAAGACUGUGAGAAAGGCGAAGAUGAAUUCCAAGCUUGCCCUCCCCCUGACUGUGAGCCAGGGCAGCUAUCGUGCGGCCAGUACAUAUGGAACAAAACCUACUGCAUACCGCCACACUAUCGCUGUGACAUGAUGGUCGACUGCGUCGAUGGUACAGACGAAGCCGAAUGUCCUUACCGCAAGUGUCAGACGGACGACUUCCACUGCGACACGCACGGGCCGUGCAUCCCGAAGGAGAAGCAGUGCGACGGCUACUUCGACUGCCGGAACCGGAAGGACGAGGAGGGCUGCAGCCUGGCGACGGGCAUCUCGUGCUCGCUCGACCAGUUCCGCUGCAAGAACGGCCAGCGCUGCGUCGACAUGCUUAGCAAGUGCAACCACCGCAACGACUGUGGCGAUAACAGCGACGAGGAUGGUUGCAAUUUCGCGCAAUGCCACAUCGGACAGUUCCGGUGCGCGAACGCGCUGUGCAUCCCACUCAACUACCACUGCGACGGCUACCGGGACUGCAUCGACGGCAGCGACGAGGCCAACUGCACGGCCAUCUCCUGCGCCGAGAACAAGUUCCUCUGUCCGCGCGGCGCGCAGGGCGGCAAGCCCAAGUGCAUCUCCAAGGCGCAGCUCUGUGACGGCAAACAGGACUGCGAGGACGGCGCCGACGAGAAGACCGCUUGCUCGAUAAAUAAUUGUCCAGCAUUAAACUGUGAAUACAAGUGCCAAGCCUCUUUGAAUGGAGGCCAAUGUUAUUGCCCGUCUGGCAAGAAAAUAGAUGAAGAUAGUAGAAGUUGUAUAGAUUUGAAUGAAUGUGAUGAAUGGGGCUACUGUGAUCAAAUAUGUACAAACACAAUCGGAUCUUAUUCCUGCUCAUGUUAUCCCGGCUAUGAUCUCAAACUACUCAGUGAUAGCUCUGACAAACCUCGAUGUUUGGCGCAUAAUUCGUCUUCGAUGAGGAUCUUCUUUGCGCAUGACAAGUCUGUGUGGCGCAUGGACAGUACUGGCUUUGGAGCGACUCUCGUCGCUAACACGACGGCUGCCAGUGGCCUCGACUUCCAUUACCUCAAGAACAUACUUUAUUGGAGCGACACCAAAACAAGAAAGAUUCAUUACCAAACAUUAUUAGAAAAUAGUAAAGUGAUAAUUCCGCCAAGUUCAAACGAAAUCUCGCUGGCUUCGACAUGGUCGCCCGUUGCUCUGGCCGUCGACUGGGUGGGAGAUAAGCUGUAUGUGGCGGACGCAGUCGGACAAAAGAUUGAUCUCUUCGAGUGGGACGGAAGGCAUCAUGCCAUUGUUCUCAGCACAAACCUCACUAGUCCAGCUGAUAUUGCUCUAGAUCCUACUGUUGGAUACAUGUUCAUAGCUGACAGUAAUCAAGUUCUAAGAGCAAACAUGGAUGGAACGAAUUCGAAAGCAAUUGUUUCGGAGGCCGCUUACAAAGCAUCGGGAGUAGCUGUCGAUAUUCUCGCAAGGCGCAUUUUCUGGUGCGACUCAUUAUUGGACUAUAUUGAGACUGUUGAUUAUGAAGGACAAAAACGAUUUUUGGUGCUUAGAGGUCAGCCCGUUCCUUCACCGUCCAGAUUGGCUGUAUUUGAAAGCAAAGUGUAUUGGUCGGAUGGCACAAAACAGGGCAUCAUGAGUGUUGACAGAUAUGUUGGUGCCAAUUCGAUUCAUGGCAUUUACAAGCAGAAGGAUGUACGGGAACCGAGAGCUGUCAAGGUUGUACAUGAGGCUAUUCAGCGGUCUGCUCGUAAUCCUUGUGGGAGAAACAACGGCGGCUGCCAACAGCUGUGUGUUGUGACAGCUGGCUCGAAAGGAGAAGGAAGUCUCGGGUACCGAUGUGCCUGUGAGAUUGGCUACAGACUCGCUGAAGAUCUGCGCAAUUGUAACUUGGUUCAAGAGUUCCUUCUCUACUCGCAACAAAGGUUCAUAAAAGGCAGAGUAAUGCAGCCUGCUAUGGAAGGAUUCACCGAUGCCAUACUUCCUUACGUCUCAAGAAGAGCAAGGUUCGUUGGACUGGACUUCGAUGCCAAAGAUAAUUUCAUUUAUUACUCAGAUGUUCUGCAAGAUGUCAUCUAUAGGAUACGGACGAAUGGAACAGGUAGAGAAAUAGUGUUACCAUCACAUCAUGAAGGCGUUGAAGGAUUAGCGGUUGAUUGGGCAGCCAAGAAUCUGUAUUACAUUGACAGUCGCAAGGGGACUCUGAAUGUGCUCAGUACCAGAAAUGCCACCUACCGGCGCACUCUGCUACGAAAUCUCAAGCGACCCAGAGCCAUCGUUGUUCAUCCAAACAAGGGCUACAUUUUCUUCUCUGAGUGGGACCGUCCAGCCAACAUCACUCGCGCACAUACCGAUGGCACGAACCUGCUAGUUUUCAGAAAUGUGACCUUGGGAUGGCCAAACGGGCUCUCGGUUGAUUUCGACAGAGACCGCCUAUACUGGUGCGAUGCUCUCCUAGAUCACGUGCAGCAUUCCAAUUUGGACGGCACUGAUGUCAAAACUAUCAGCUCAAGAUUGAUUAGGCAUCCAUUUUCAAUCGUUAUAUUCAAUGAUUUCAUGUACAUCACCGAUUGGCGACUGGAUUCGAUAAUCAAACUUCACAAGCUGACUGGAGACAAAGAGGAAAUCCUUGUUCGUGAAUCUCAAAACAACCGGUUAUAUGGCGUUAAAGUUUACAGUGAAUCCGAACAAGUUCUUAAUUUGACUCAUCCAUGUGCUAUAAACAACGGUGGUUGCCAAAAACUGUGUUUUGCAGUGCCUACAAAAACUGAAAGUGUUUCUGGACUCAAGGUGCACUGCGGCUGUCCGUACGGCGAGAAGCUGGAGGAGGGUGCGGAGGCAAGCAUGUGCAUCGCCGACCCCAGCUCUGAGCCACCAGUGGCCGCCUGCCCCAACCGGUGGGACUUCACCUGCAACAACCAGCGCUGCAUCUCCAAGGCCUGGGUCUGCGACGGUGAUGAUUUUGAUCAUUUAACAGAGCCGACAUGCAAACCGGGCGAAUUCCAGUGUCACUCGGGCCGCUGCAUCCCGCUGGCGUUCAAGUGCGACGGCGAGAACGACUGUGGAGACCACAGCGACGAGACGGGCUGCGUGAAUGUCACGUGUCCCAGCUCGCAGUUCCGCUGCGACAACGGCCGCUGUGUGCCCGCCACCUGGAAGUGCGACUCUGAGAACGACUGCUAUGACAGCUCCGACGAGGGAGAGUCAUGUACUGAACAGACCUGUGCUUAUUUCCAGUUCACAUGUCCGCGCUCGGGCCACUGCAUUCCGACGUCGUGGGUGUGUGACGGAGACAACGACUGUCACGACAACCAGGACGAGGAGGGGUGUCCGCCGAUCACCUGCUCCGCCACUCAGUUCAAGUGCGCCGACCUCAAGCAGUGCAUCCAGGAGAACUACAAGUGUGACGGCAUCAACGACUGCACCGACGGCAGUGAUGAACUCGGAUGUCCAACACUGGCUCCGAAUCAAUGCGACACUGAGAAGCAGUUCAAGUGCGUGAAGUCGGGAAUCUGCAUUCCGAAAACGUGGCACUGUGACGGCACACCUGACUGUGAUGACGAGUCUGAUGAGCCUUCUACCUGCGGAGAUGUAGCAUGCCAGCCGAGCUACUUCAAGUGCAACAAUUCGCAGUGUGUGUUCAAAGCAUACAUCUGCGACGGCUACGAUGACUGUGGCGAUGGCUCAGACGAACAUGCAAUGCACGCGUGCGGCACUCCUCCUUUCACGUUUUUCGAUGAUAUCCCAAAUCUAGAAGAUCAGUUUUCAACUCACAUGCCCAUUUUGCAGGGAGUUACGUGCACAUGUCCGACUGGUGAAGUGCUGUCGAACGAUAGCACAACUUGCAUAGAUUGGAAUGAGUGCGACCCUCCGGGCAUGUGCUCCCAGGAGUGUGUCAACACAAAGGGCGGUUUCCUCUGUUUGUGUGGCGAUGGCUAUACAUUGGAAAAGGAUGACCGAACUUGCAAAGCGUUGAAUCGCAGCGCUGCCUUCUUGAUCAUAUCCAACCGUCACUCUAUUGUUGUUGCUGACUUAAAAGAGCAUAGUUUGGAGAGAGUGCCAGUAAUUGUUGAAAAUGUGGUAGCAACCACAUCAAAUAUGCACACCGGUACUAUAUUCUGGUCGGAUAUGAAAUUGAAGAAAAUCUCACGGCUGGACCGCGGAAGUGAACCAAAGGAUGUAAUUGUUUCGGGACUAGAUCUGGUUGAAGGGCUCGCUUAUGACUGGAUCGGAGGCAACAUCUACUGGCUCGACUCUCGACUCAACACAAUCGAAGUAGCCAAGGAGAACGGAUCCAACAGAAUGGUUCUCAUCAAAGAGAACAUCACACAGCCCAGAGGAAUGAUGCUGGAUCCUAGUCCUGGAGCUAAAUGGCUGUUCUGGACUGACUGGGGAGAGAACCCCAGAAUCGAGCGUGCCGGCAUGGAUGGCACCAACCGCAGUGUCAUCAUCAACACGAAGAUCUACUGGCCAAACGGACUAACACUUGACAUCAUGAACAAGAGAAUAUACUUCGCAGACUCCAAACUAGAUUUCAUAGAUUUCUGUAACUACAACGGAUCAGGCCGCCAGCAAGUGGUAGCUGGCAGCCAUUACUUGCUACAUCCACAUUCCAUGACCCUGUUCGAGGAUACAGUCUACUGGACUGACCGCCAGUUGAACCGAGUUUUGUCGGCGCAUAAGUUCAGAGGCAAGAAUCAGACGGUUGUUUCUCAUCUGAUAUCGCAGCCGCUGAGCAUCCACGUGCAUCAUCCGUCUCUGCAGCCGGUCACUAAGAGUCCCUGUGAGAACGCCGCCUGCGACCAUCUCUGUCUUCUGUCUCCGUCCGACCCACGUGGAUAUUCGUGCAAGUGCAGAGCAGGCUACAGGAUAUCCAGCGGUGGAAACUGCGUUGAAGAGGAAGUAUCAUUUAUGGUGCUUAUGAAGGAUUCGCAAAUAAUUGAUGUGAGUUUGGUGCCUGGAGAUAAGACGACAGGUUUCAUGGUGCCUAUCGUCGGAAUUGAAACAGGUGUUCAAAUUGACUUCGACCGAAAGACUGAAACACUCUACUGGGUCGAAACUAAGGAUGACAGCGAAAAUGGUACAAUCUACAGCAGCCCGUACAGAGGAGGCAACAAGACAGAGUUCCUGAGCCAGGACACGGGGAUCGUGGGUGCGCCGUACGCGAUCGCGUUCGACUGGCUGGGCCGCAACAUGUACAUCGGCAACCGCAUCGCAUCCAACAUCGAGGCUCUCAAGGUCGACGGCAAGAGCAAGCAUCGCACUGUCAUUCUGGCCAACAACGGAAGCGACACCUCUGUUGCCAAGCCGAAGGCCAUCUGCCUACAGCCAGGAGAAGGAAAACUGUACUGGAUCGACGAGGGUGGCUACGGAGUGCCGCAGAAAAUAGGCAAAGUGAACAUGGACGGCACAAACCCGAUUGUGCUGUACAAGUCUGACACAGUUCUGGUAGCACUCACCCUGGAUCUGGACACCAGCAAGCUCUACUUCAGCGCACAGUACCCCAAACCACAGAUAUCAGUGAUGAGUGUCGACGGAGGAGAACCUCAGGAGCUUCUGAGUGAAAUAAACAGUAUCAACCUACCGAAGGCACUGGCUGUCUUUGAAAAAAGGCUCUACUACAUGGAUCCGCCCUACGACAAAGUGGAGAGAGUUGAUCUGGUGCCCAGGGAUGAUGGUACACUGGAGGUCAAAAAUGCCAAAAGUAUUCUUGACAACGAACCAAACCUGAAGUACUUCACAAUCUUCCAGAAGAGACCUGCGAAUCUGCACCCUUGCGUGACGAACAACGGAGGCUGUGAGCACCUGUGCAUCCCGAGCGACGGUGGCACCAGAGUGUGCAGCUGCUCGAUCGGCUACAAGAAAGAUGGCGCCGGCAACUGCAUGCACUACAAGUCGUUCGCAGUUGUCGCGCAGCUCGACAUCACACGCGGAUACAGUCUCAAUGACUCAUCCGAGGCUAUCGUGCCAAUUGCUGGCUCAGGUCAUCAUAUUCUGCAUGUGGACGUUCAUUACGCUGAUAAAUGGAUUUACUGGGUGGACUUCAACAGAGGACCAUGGAAUGGCAUCUUCCGGAUCCGCCCUAAUGGCACAGAGCUGCAGCACGUCAUCAAGGACGGAAUCGGAUCGAAUGGCAUUAGGGGUCUGGCCGUUGACUGGAUCGCCGGUAAUCUCUAUUUCACCAACGUCUUUCCACAUGAGAACUAUGUCGAGGUCUGCUGGAUAGAUGGCUCCAACCGCAAAGUCAUCGUCAAAACCACCGCUGAUGCGCCCAAGGAAUUGGCCGUCAAUCCUAUUAAGAGAUUGUUGUACUGGAUCGAUUACGGACAAUAUCCGCGAAUUGGCAAGGCGUAUCUAGAUGGCAGCAAUUGGCAACCGAUGGUAACAUCUGGAAUUGGCACUCCACGAGAUUUGACCGUUGACAUGCUCACACAUGACGUCUACUGGGUUGAUGCCAAAUUCGACAUGAUUCAGAAAGUCGCUUACAACGGCCAGAACAGACAGGUCAUUCGCCGCAAUCUGCCAAAUCCGAUGGGAAUAGCUGUCCAUAGAGGAGAUGUGUACUGGGUGGAUAGGAACCUGAAUACUGUUUUCAAGGCAUCAAAACUGCCUGGAAACAUAACGAGACCGUUACCAGUGAGAACGAACCUACAGAGACUGCGUGACAUAGCCAUUUACGAUGUUACCAAUCAACCAACCGAUGAGAACAAUCCUUGCAGGAGGCUGGGAAACGGAGGCUGCGACCAGUUAUGCUUCUCAUUCCCUCCCGACUACUCGGCGAGCACUUUCCAGUUCAAGUGCGACUGCGCAACCGGUCAGCUGACCAGCGUCAUGGGCAACAAGUGUGACAAUGUUGACGAGUUCCUGCUCUUCACCACCCGCACUGAAAUCAGAGCCAUCAAUCUCGACCCGCGAUCACUCAACGUGCCAUUCAAGCCUGUCAAUGUAAAUUUGUCAAACGUUGUUGGAGUUGAAUUCGACUACAGUGAAAAACGUAUAUUCUUCACGCAAAUCAGGCCACACGCGAAGAUUGCAUGGCUUCCAAGUUCAGACCCGAACAGCGCGGCAGCCAAGGUGAUAUUGGGCAAAAACAUCAACCCCGAGGGCAUAUCGUACGACUGGACGCACAAGAAGAUCUAUUGGACCGAUUCGUCUAACAAUAGCAUUUAUGCGAUGAACUUGGACGGAAGUGAUCUGGUGAUGAUUGCAAGGGUGGAGCGACCAAGAUCUAUCGUCAUUGAUCCUUGUAAUGGAACUCUAUACUACACUGACUGGGGACGUUUCGGAACGUCAGGAAAAAUUUUCCGAACCACAAUGGCUGGCUCUUUGAAGAAGGCGAUUGUGGAGAAGGAUUUGUCACAGCCCAGCGGAUUAGCAAUCGACUUUGAAGACUUUAUGCUCUAUUGGACGGAUGCUGUUCGAGAGAAAAUCGAGCGAUCAAAACUGGAUGGAACGGGCAGAGAAGUUUUAAUAUCAGCUACAAUCUAUCCGUUCGCGAUCACAGUGCAUGGUGACUACAUCUAUUGGACCGAUUUGCAACUUAGAGGUGUUUACCGGGCUGAGAAGCACACAGGAGCCAACAUGAUCGAGAUGGUGAAGAGGCUUGACGAUUCGCCGCGUGACAUUCAUGUGUUUUCUGGUGCCAGACAAAAGUGCAACAUCAAUUUGUGUAAUAUCAACAAUGGAGGUUGCGCCCAGUCAUGUCAUCCAGCACCAAAUGGAACUGUUGAAUGCAGAUGUAACGAUAGUACAAAGCUGGUAAAUGAUGGACGUAUGUGCGUUGCUAAGAAUUUGACAUGCGAAAGUUCCAAGUUCUACUGCGCCAAUGGAAAAUGUAUUUCAAGAAUGUGGGCAUGCGAUGGCGAUGAUGACUGUGGUGAUAACAGCGACGAAGAUAAGAACUACUGCACAUACCACUCGUGCAAUCCAAAUGAGUUCAGAUGCAACAACGGCAGAUGUAUAUUCCGCUCGUGGAAGUGUGAUCAUGAGAACGACUGUCGAGAUGGAUCUGACGAGGAGAACUGCACUUAUCCGCCCUGCGCCGCGGGAAUGUUCAGCUGUCUCAAUCACCGUUGUAUACCUCAGUCCCAGGUCUGCAAUGGAGUAAACGAUUGUAAAGACAACAUAACAUCGGACGAGACACACGACAGAUGUCCGCGCAACACCACCUGCCCUGUCAACCAUCUCAAGUGCAAGAACACGAACAUCUGCGUGGAGCCGUACUGGCUGUGCGACGGAGACAAUGACUGCGGUGACAACAGUGACGAGGAUCCACUCCAUUGCGCUCAGAGAACUUGUCCGUCAAACAGUUUUAGAUGUCCGAACCACAGAUGCAUACCUGCGACAUGGUAUUGCGAUGGCGAUGAUGACUGCGGAGAUGGGUCAGAUGAGCCGCCAGAGUACUGCAAGUCGGAAGGUAGGACCUGCUUCGGAGAUCUCUUCACCUGUGACAAUGGCAACUGCAUUCCCAGGAUAUACAUUUGUGAUGGCGACAAUGACUGUAUGGACAACUCUGACGAAGAUGCUAGGCAUCAGUGCAACGACAGACGGUGCGACGACGAGACAGAGUUCACGUGCACGGCGAACAAGGCAUGGGGUCGCGCUCAGUGCAUUCCUCGCAAAUGGCUGUGCGACGGCGACCCGGACUGUGUGGACGGCGCCGACGAGAACACGACUGCGCUCAGUUGCCCGGCGCCCGCCUCCUGUUCGCCCGAACAGUUCGCCUGCGCGAACGGCCGCUGCAUCAACAAGGGCUGGACCUGCGACCACGACAACGACUGCGGCGACGGCACGGACGAGGGCAAGGAGUGUCACUCCCGCUACAAGACCUGCUCGCCGCAGGAAUUUGCCUGUCAGAACUUCAAGUGCAUCCGCAACUCGUAUCGCUGCGACGGCGAAGACGAUUGUGGCGAUAAUUCCGACGAGUUCAAUUGCACGAAAGACAAGUCGACAUGCCCGCAAGGCCAGUUCCGCUGCAACGACGGCCAGUGCAUAGAAUACCAGCGUGUGUGCAACAAGGUGUCGGACUGUGCAGAUGAUAGCGAUGAGCCACUCCAUUGCAACGUCGACGAAUGCUCCAAGGUGGAGGUGCACCAAUGCGGUCACAAGUGCGUCGACACGCUCACCGGAUACCUCUGCGAGUGCAAUGCUGGAUACAAAUCGAAAAUGAACAACCAAGAUCACAGGGAAGCAGUGAUCAGACACGACAGCCACGGCUUGGAAGGCAUCGCCGUCGACUGGAUCGGCCGGAAGCUGUAUUGGCUGGACAGGCAUAGCAAGCACCUGGAUGUCGCCGAACUCGAUGGCACCAAACGCAAAACACUGAAAGCUGGAAUUCCAGAUCCUAGAGGGCUUGCAGUUCAUCCAGGAACUGGAUAUCUGUACUUCUCUAGCUGGCAUUUACAAGCUUUCAUUGCUAAAAUGGGUAUGGACGGCAGUAAUAUGACGCGGAUUUUGACUCACGAGAAUGACAUCGCGUGGCCGAAUGCGCUGACCAUCGACUACUUCACGGACCGCAUCUACUGGGGCGACGCCCACCUUGACUACAUCGCGUCCACCGACCUUGAAGGCAGGCACAAACACGUUGUGCUCUCUGGCGACAAAGUGCCGCAUGUCUUCGCCAUCACGCUCUUCGAAGACUACAUCUACUGGAGCGAUUGGAAUCUCAAAGCAAUCAGCCGAGCUAAUAAAUUCACUGGACACGACUUCAAGGUGCUACGCAACACGACCCACCGUCCCUACGACGUUCACAUUCACCACCCUCUGCGCCAGCUGCACUAUCCGAACCCCUGCGGCGAUGACAACGGCGGCUGCUCGCACCUCUGCCUGCUAGCACCGGUGCCCGGCGUCGACGCCAGCCCGGACGGCUAUGAGGACACCAACAGCCCUGUGGCACAUGUCUGCGCAUGCCCCAACCAGUUCUACCUCACCGCCGACAACAGGACCUGUGUGGCCAAUUGCACCGAGGGCCAGCACCGGUGCGGAGGCAACGAUGAUCGGUGCAUUCCUUGGUUCUGGAAGUGCGACGGAGAGAAAGACUGCAAGGACGGUUCGGACGAGCCGUCGACGUGUCCAAAACGCACCUGUCAGUCGGGCACAUUCCAGUGCGACAACGGAUGGCGCUGCACCCCGUCGGCGACAAUCUGCGACGGCGUCAACGACUGCGGCGACAACUCGGACGAGAAGUUCUGCAACCUCACCUGUCCCGAGCUCGAGUUCAAGUGCAAGUCGAACGGCCGCUGCAUUCUCAACGCCUGGAAGUGCGACGGCGACCCGGACUGCAAGGACGGCUCCGACGAAGAUCCACUCAUUUGUCAUAACCGAGAAUGUGAUCCUGAAACGGAAUUCAAGUGCAAGAACAACCGAUGCAUACCCAAACUUUGGAUGUGUGAUUUUGACAAUGAUUGUGGAGAUGACUCCGAUGAACCAGCUUAUAUGUGCAGACAGAGGAAUUGCACGAACGGUUGGCAGCGAUGCCCGGGCCGCACCAACUACCGGUGCAUCCCCAAGUGGCUGUUCUGCGACGGAAAAGAUGACUGUCGCGACAACAGUGACGAGCAGCCUGAGAACUGCCCCAAGUGCAACGACAACGACUUCAAGUGCAAGAAUAACCGAUGCAUUCCAAAGAGGUGGCUAUGUGACUUUGAAAACGACUGCGGAGAUUUCUCAGAUGAGAACGAAGAGAUGUGCAGCAAACUCGGCUACAGACCAUGCUCGGAAUCCGAGUUCCGGUGUAACAACUCCAAGUGCAUUCCGAACCACUGGCGGUGUGAUCAUGAUGACGACUGUGGCGAUAAUUCGGACGAGAAGAGCUGUUCCAACUUCAAAUGCAAGAACGGAACAUUCCAAUGUAACAGCGGCCAUUGCAUUGCAUCGUACUUCCGUUGUGAUGGCGAUGUUGACUGUCGUGACAUGAGCGAUGAAACCAACUGCCCGCCCAGGUAUCCGGGAGGCCGCUACUGUCCCGAGAACAAAUUCGAGUGUGCCAACAAAAUCUGCAUCGAAUACGAGGACAAAUGUGACGGAAUGGAUGACUGCGGCGAUGAUUCUGACGAGAGUGCAGCCAAUUGCUCAAACGUAGUGAGUUGCACGCAGAGAGGACGCUACCAGUGCGAGAACGGCAACUGCGUGUCGCUGGAGGCGAUCUGCGACGGCCGCGACGACUGCGGCGACGCCAGUGACGAGAAUAACCACACGCUGUGUCAGCUGCCCGGGCAGAUCCCCGUCUGCAGCGACGCCGAGUUCCAGUGUGACUCGGGCAAGUGCAUCAAGGAGACGCUCGUCUGCAACUUCAAUGAUGACUGCGGCGACAACUCUGACGAACGUGGAUGCCACUAUGGCGAGUUCUGCCCAGAUGGUUCUUUUGGAGGCUGUGAACAUUAUUGUAAGAAUGUAACAAAAGGAUACAUCUGUGGCUGCUAUAGAGGAUUCACAGUCAACCCAUCCAACAGGAAAAAGUGUGAUGAUUACAACGAAUGCGCUCAUGGUACACACCAUUGCUCACAUCUGUGUACCAACCUGAAUGGAACUUUCAGUUGUUCCUGCCGACCUGGCUUCUCAUUGGUGGAUGGGAUCAGUGGAGUGUGCAGGGCUGAUGAUAGCAAGGUAUCUGUAGUGUUUGCAAAUGGUCCAGAAAUAAGAGCCUACGAUGUACAGAAGAGGAGAGAGUUCGACGUUGUUGGACAAGAAAAGCAUAUCGAGGCGAUCGACUACGAUCCAAGAAAAGAAAUGGUGUUCUGGGUGGAUUCGUUCGACCGAAAAAUCAAGAGGUCUUACAUGGUUAACGCCCUAUCUGGCCAAGUCAAGAUUGGAUAUUCGCAGGAGCUUACUUUUAAAGGAAAUGCCAAACCAACCAGCGUUGCAGUGGAUUGGGUUGCCCAAAAUCUGUACUGGACUGAAACUGACAGGUCUGGACCCAAACCUAAGGGCAGAGUGAUGGUAGCCAAACAGGAUGGCCGAUAUAGGAGAUCACUUAUCGACACCGGACUGGACCUGCCAACAUCAGUGGCUCUGGACCCGCAGCUGGGACGCAUGUUCUGGGCUGACGCUGGCAUCACGCCCAAGAUCGAGACGGCGUGGAUGGACGGCAGCAAGCGGCGACCUCUAGUCACCGACCGCAUCAGGCAUCCGUCUGGCCUCACCAUAGACUACGCUCGCGACCACUCGCUCUACUGGGUCGACACCAAGCUCAACAACAUCGAGACCAUCAGACAGGACGGCUCCAACAGAGUCACUAUACUGGCUGGAGAAAAGCUUCACCAUCCUCUGUCUCUUGAUGUGUUCGAGAACAACCUAUUCUGGACAACCAGAGAUAACGGCGAAGUUAUAAAGCAGGACAAAUUCGGUAGAGGCCUUCCUGUAGUUAUAGUUAGAAAUCUUGUCAACCCCACCGGAGUUAAAGUUUACCAUGGUGCCCGUUACAACACAUCACUGAGUGAUCCGUGUGACAAGAACCCGUGUUCGCACUUGUGUCUGAUCAUCCCAGGCGGCCAUCGGUGCUCGUGUCCAGACUCACAGAGCAGCCGCAUCAUCAGUGACAUCAACUGUGAUGCUCCAUCGGAGCCCGCCCUGACAGCACCACGCAUCUGCCAGUGCCAGAACGGGUUCUGCGACGAGGAUGAGAAGGGCGACCUGUUCUGCAACUGCUUCCCCGAGUUCCGGGGCGCACUCUGCGACACGUACGUGCAGCGGUCGCGUGCGCCCGGCAUCGGCAGUAUGGCGGCGCUCAUUCCGCUCACUCUGAUCCUGGUGGCGCUGGCCGCGGCUGGCAUCUACAUCGUCAUCCGCAAGCGACCCUUCGGUAAGGGCGCUGGCCUCGGCUCGCUCACCAACUCGCAGAGUGUCUCCUUCCGUCAGGGCACCAAUGUCGAGUUCGGAUCGCCCACUUUCUCUAACAACGGCCCGCCUAUUGAACCCCUAGACGUAGAAUACAACAUGGCCGACAUUAGUGCUAAGAACAGGGACUUCAGCAAUCCAAUGUACGACGCGUUGGGCAACAUAGAGACGACGGACAACGGCAGCACGGUGGGCGGAGGGGGCAUUUACGAAGUACCGUCUGACGUCACGAAGGGCGCCGGCAAGAUAGUACCCGAACCGGCGUCGGCGGUGCUAGCGCCGUCUAGUGUCAUCCAGCGAGCGUCGCCGCAGAUACACGUCAGGCAUCGAGACCUCGACCCCACCUCCACCGACUCGGGCAAAGACACGCAGAAACUCGUCGAAGAGGACAAGUCGGACUGUUGAUAUUUCGAGACGGUGUGCACCACACGACACACCAAAUCAUUGAACACUCACUUUCGAAUCGAGUCAAGUGACAGCCUCAACUAUGACUGAUAGAUUUUACGCCUGUCCAAUGUACAAUAACACACAACUCUCACUCUACCCCCCCCCCACCCCCAGAACUUGAACAAAUAUCUGCUAUUGUUAUAUGAUUUAAUGUUAUAAUUUUAUCUUGUUGAUGUUUAUUGCAAAAUUUUAAACGUUUAUUUCUAGACUGUAAGUAAUGCGGAGUUUAUUCAAGUUCUUUCAAAUUAUAAUAGCAUCUAUUUUUCCUACUUCACCGUAAUGUACUUAUAAUAAUAAUCAAUAUGACAAUGAACCUACUGCACCAUAGUAAACUGUUGAGGUUUAUGAAUAUCCAUAACAAAAACUGAAAAAAGAUUAUAAUGACGAUGUUAGUUAUGUUUAUGAUGAGUUCUGUAGUAAACUAGGUUAAUGAAUAUGCAUUCCACUCCUUAUGAUUUUGACAAAUUGAAACCACAGUAAUUUGAAUCCACUGUACAAUAGAGAAUUGUUGAGGUUGAUAAUUAUCCUUACAAUUUUCCUGAUAGUUAUGACAAGAAUGAAACUGAAUGAUAUUGAUGAUGAUGAUAUUUAUAUAAUGAUUAAUUGACGAGUCCUGAAGUAAACUGUGCUGAUUAAAAUGUAUUACAUUCCUUUUAAUUUUGACAAAGAGAGAACUACCUAUAGGAAUAUGAAUUAUUGUAAUAUCAACAAAACGAUAAUUCUAAAAUUUAUUGAUCAGUUCUAUAGCGAACAAGGGUGAUAAAAAUGUAUGUAAUGUCUAUUGCUUUGCAGAGGUGAGAUUUGCUUUUCAUUUCUACCCGCCUCCUUUUUCUUCUGAUUCAACACUUGAAAAGGCGUUUGAUUAGAAACAUUUGUGUUCUCUUUCUCGUCCGCUCCCCUAGGCGAAUAUUCCUGAUGUGUCGUAGAUUGGUUUGAGAGAUCGGAUGUCUUUGAGAACAGUUUCGCCAGUCGAUCAAUUUCCAAUUGCCGAGGAGAGACGACUGGCAUACUGUUGGAAUCAACAAGCCUUGUGCGUUGAGGCGACUUUUGAGUGGAGUUGCCGCCAAGCACUGCCGAGCCGGUUGUAGACGCCAUAGCAGACGCCAGUCGCUGCUUCUCCAGCUCUCUACAGUUGACCAACACCACCUCUCCAUGUGGUUUUCGACGACGACGACGAGUUUCAAUCACCGAGGAAGCGUUAGUUUCACAUAGGAUGUCAACAGGUGGCUGCACUGGCAUUUGUCUAUUGCUUUGCAGAGGUGACAUUUGCUUUUCAUUUCUACUCGCCUCCUUUUUCUUCUGAUUCAACACUUGAAAAGGCGUUUGAUUAGAAACAUUUGUGUUCUCUUUCUCGUCUGCUCCCCUCGGCGAAUAUUCCAAUUUCAAGCAUUGCUGCUUAUAAUUAAUUUCCUUUCUUGCUUCUGCAAUUUUUUUAGUUCUUUCUAAAAUGAAUUUAUCCAAAUCUGACGAAUUCAGCAUCUUUGAACGUAGGCUAUUUCCAAUGUUUCACUAGGCUUAUCCUAUCACAUAAAAUUACAAUCGUCUAUGAUCUGAAAUUUCAUUGGUUUCUACAUGCUAUUAAUUGAUAAUCUUCUCUAAAACAUUACCUAAACUAAAGUCAACUUCAAAGAUUCAUAAAAAUUUCAACGGCUUCAGUGAUUCUUGUCCAUGGAUUGGAAACCAAAAAAGAUAAACUGAAAAGCUUCAAUAAAAUAUACUAAUAUACAACUGUUACCUGUUUGCAAAAUGAUCUAUAUUGUCCGUGAAUUACAUUGAUAACAGGAGUAGCUAACUUCUGUAUUGUGGUAAAUAAUUAUUAUGAUUGAGUUGUGUAAGUUUAUUCCAUUUUGAAAAGUAAGAACUAUUAAUGAUAAGAGAUAUUUAUCGCUGUUAUAAUGUUAGUGCCAAGUUAAAUUUCAGUUGCAAGUCAAUGAUUGUUAAUGAUUUGCUGUCUAAUCUGUUGAAUGUUGAUCUGUGAACAUGUUCUAUCACGAUUUUAAUUGCAUUUGGAAACAUAUUAGACUGAAAGACAAUUUUAUCAUUAUGUGAAUUGAAGUGAUAUUUUAUAGAUAAGAAUAUGAUGCUAUCGGAAAUACGUUUUGUAGUAUUUCAGAUAGCGGCUGGUAUUUUUAUACUCGGUUGAGGUGAGUCCAGUGACCGUUCUACUGGAGGACUUCUAAAACGUAUUUUGUAUUAAUUGUGAGGGAGAGAUUACUUUAUUGAAAGUUGUACAGUAUAAUAUAGUUAUUUUAAUGUAAAAAAGUUAUAAAAAAUUGUUUUUAUAAUCAA